AUGAAUAUAUCUAAAUGGUUUAUACGAUCUGAUGAAAUUUUAUCAAUAAAAAAUUUUUAUUUGUUAAAUAUAACAUCGGAUAUAACUAAUGAUAUUGAAACUGAUAAAAAUAAUAACUAUUGGAAAUAUUGUUCAUUUGAUGAAAUAAAAGAAAAACUUCUAAAUAAAUAUCAUAUAUCUCAAGAGACAUUUAUUGUUUUAUAUACAAAAGAAAAACUAAUGAUAGCAGCUCGUUUUGCUUGGCUUUUAUAUUGGAUUGGUUGUAAAAAUAUUAAAAUUUUAAUAGAAAAAAUAGAUCCUUCUUUAUUUAUGAGAAAUUUUUCUCAAAUAUCAAAUCUACCAAAUAUUCCAUUACGAUCAAAUGUUCGAUUGACUUGUGAUCAAUUAUCUAAUGAAUUUCUUUCUCUAACAACAAAAUUUAUUGAUGUAAGAACAUAUAAAGAAUAUUCAGGUGAAAUAACUGGUUAUUCAUAUGUUCAUCAUAGUGGUCAUAUUCCAAAUUUUCAAUAUGAUCCACUCAAUGGAAUUUAUGGUGAAAUCAAUGGUGAUAUUACUUGGAAUGAAUUAGAAGAAUAUUUAAAAAUGAUGUCUAAGAUAAAUAUAUAUGAUAAAAAUAUGAAAAAAAUCAUUUAUAUGUGUGGUACAGGUUGGCGAGCAAGUUUAGCAGCUAUUUUUGCUGAAGUGUUAAAUUUAGCUGAUACAAUAACUGUACUUGAUUCUGGUUGGUUUGAAUGGUCUGAAAGAUAUUUAGAAUAA